GAACAAAGGAGCAAGUGAGGGUCCCUUGACAUGCAUUCUUCUUUUUUUGAAAAGGCGGCUGGGUUCGCCCGACGACUGAAGGCUUCCUUUCAUGUCACCGCAUUGCUCUUGCUUGCCAUAACCAAUUAAUUUUCAUAGCUUUGGCAACCUGGUCUUGUUGUGGUACGGUACCCAUCGCCUCCUUCCACUUCGAACAGAAUUUUGAACUACACCAGCAACUAGUUAGCCCAUCUAAGCUUGGAGGAGUCUUUUAUUGAAUCGAGAGAGAGAAAAAAACAACCCGUCGAAACCCGUCCAUCAUUCGAUCUUGCACCGUGGACAGCUAUUUUCCAUACUACUACAGUUUUAUAUAAUUUUCCCAACAAUAAGCAAGCAAGCAAGAUGGCGUUCAAUAAGAUGUUUGUGAUGCUUCCGGUCAUGUUUGCGGCUCGGAAACUGGACGGAGAAGACCCAAUGGUUGUCUACUACCUUCGCAUUGCCUAUGGAGUCAUGCAAGGCCUGUGCGUGCUGGUGGUCCUUUACACCUACCUCAAAGCCUCUUCAGCGGCAUCACAAUAUACCGAUCGAAUCAUAUAUGUUCCUCCUCCUCCAACGCCAUUUCAAGAUCCCAAUGCCUCCAAAAAAAAGUACACGGAAGCCAACUAUGGUGCUCAUGUCUUGAGCACGGCACGGUCCUUGUUGGGCAGCACUCUGUUUGGUCUCUGCUUGACUGUGGGGUUGCACAUUUACAAAGGAAUGGUCGUGGGUCUGGCCAUUCAAACCGUCAUGGGACCUUUCAGUUUGGCCGAAAACCCAUUGAUCCGAGCACUCCUCUUGGGCACGGGUACUAUUGACCCUGCCGACAAGCUAUUUGACGAAAAAGACGCUUCCGAACUGACUGCAGAUGACGAAGUGGUAGAUGAAAGUGGAAAUCCAUUGGUGCGAAACAAUAGUAAUAAAGCCCUGAAUGGAAACAAGGCCGCAAAGAAGGGUGACGAGAAAGAAGGAGAGACUACCCAAUCAUCGACAAUGAUGACACUGGAAGAAGUCAUGUUGGAUACCUGGGAUUCUGGUGACUCGGCCGAUAUUACCAAUCUCAUGACCACACUUACAGAACAAAAUUGCAACACACAAACCACGGAUGACAAGUGGACACCACUCAUGGUACUGGCAGGAUUGGGAAAUGUCAAAGGGACUGCCAGUGCCAUUCGUCAGGCCAUUGCAUUGGGAGCCAACCCGGCCAUAACGGACAAGGAAGGAUGGAAUGCCCUGCAUUGGGCUGCAUUCCAUGGGAGUCCGGAAGCCGCAAGGGAGCUGGUCAAGGACAUUUCCUUGCUGGAUGCUACCGACAAGGAAGGCAGGACACCACUAGAAGUAGCCAAGCAAGAAAACAACAGUGUGGUAGUCAAGGUUCUGGAGGAGGCAGAGGCGGCAGCCGAAACAUCAGAAGAUGCCGACGGGCUGCGAAAACGGAAAUGAAGAAUUCAACACCUGCACCUAUUUGUACUUCUGUGUCAAAGUAAGCAACGGGUUACAUAAAGAGUUGACUAUAUAAAAAUGAAAUCUGUUUAGU